AUGAUGGUAAGGACGGCACUAUCAACUUCGCCACAAAAGCGCGCGUACAUCACUGAGGAUACAAAUAAUACGAACAUUGGAUUUUUCAAUUUUGUUACCUACGAAACACUCUAUGCAAUCGUGCCGGUGAUGACCUUUAUCGACCUGUUGACGCUGUCCCUCCGUUUCGCGUCCGUCCGACAGCGAAGGUCACGGCCCCAGGCCGAUGAUUAUUCUGCCAUGCUCGCAUGUUUUGUCUCCAUUGUGACAGGAAUCAUCACAUUAUAUGGUGCGGUUAACCGUGUCAUCGGCCGGCACGAUUGGGAUCCGUGGCCACUGCCAGAAGGACCCUGGCCAAGGAGCGACUAUACAUUGGCCAGUAAGGACACAGAGCACCCAGUGUUCAUGAAGUUAUACCAACUCCAUGUCGAGAUCAUCUAUAUUUUGAACUGCCUCCAAGGUGUCGGCGUUGGGACUGUUCGACUGGCCUUCCUCUUCCUCUUUCGGAAGCUCUUCUCGUACCAGGGAAAGCGAUACGUAAUGUUAAUAAACGUCCUCGUCGGCCUUGUGGUCUUGUUUAUGGUGGUACAUACCGCAAUGACAAUCUUCGCCUGCGGAGUACAUCCGGAAGCGCGGUGGAUCAAUCAUGACACGGCGGCGCAACAGUGCCUACAAUUGUACGCUUACAACUUCGGCAUCGGAGUUUGCAUGGUCAUUAUCGACACAAUUGUGUUCAUCUUACCGAUGUGGCCGCUAUACAAGAUAACGCUAACGAUGGCCAAAGACCAACAGAGAUACAUAUUGGCCGUUUUUGCCUUGGGAUUCUUCCGUCGUAUCUUCAUACUUCGGCUUAGUUCUAACCCUACCAUUGUAUUUGUUUCGAGAUGGCUACCUCUAUACGUGGCUACGUGA